GCGGCAGCGGCGGCCGUGGGGACAGCGGCGGCAGCGGAGGCGGCGACUCCGGGUACCACUCCUGUAAGGACAGGGACUCUCGAGGACCACAGGCCUGAUUUGGGGAGCUCCUUCCUGUGGCCUCAUUGCUGCGCCCACUGGUUUGUCCCUUCAGCCUGGAUUGGUGACACACAACCACUGGAGAUAUUUCCAGGUUUGCUGGCAUGGGAAACCUGCUCAAAGUCCUGACCCGGGAAAUUGAGAAUUAUCCACACUUUUUCCUGGAUUUUGAAAAUGCCCAGCCUACAGAAGGAGAACGAGAGAUAUGGAACCAGAUCAGUGCUGUCCUCCAGGACUCCGAGAGCAUCCUCACAGACCUGCAGGCUUACAAAGGAGCAGGACCAGAGAUCCGAGAUGCAAUUCAAAAUCCCAAUGAUAUUCAACUUCAAGAAAAGGCUUGGAAUGCAGUCUGCCCCCUGGUUGUGAGGCUGAAACGGUUUUAUGAAUUUUCCAUCCGCCUUGAAAAAGCCCUGCAGAGUUUAUUGGAAUCUCUGACGUGCCCUCCUUACACACCAACCCAGCACCUGGAACGGGAGCAGGCCCUGGCAAAGGAAUUUGCAGAAAUCUUACAUUUUACCCUUCGAUUUGAUGAGCUGAAGAUGAGGAACCCAGCUAUUCAGAAUGACUUUAGUUACUACAGGAGAACAAUAAGUCGCAAUCGCAUCAACAACAUGCACCUAGACAUUGAGAAUGAAGUGAAUAAUGAGAUGGCCAACCGAAUGUCCCUCUUCUAUGCCGAAGCCACACCAAUGCUGAAGACUCUCAGCAAUGCCACAAUGCACUUUGUCUCAGAAAAUAAAACCCUGCCAAUAGAGAAUACCACAGACUGCCUCAGUACCAUGACAAGCGUCUGCAAGGUUAUGCUGGAGACACCGGAGUACAGGAGCCGGUUUACAAGCGAGGAGACACUCAUGUUCUGCAUGAGGGUGAUGGUGGGGGUCAUCAUCCUUUAUGACCACGUGCACCCCGUGGGAGCUUUCUGCAAGACAUCCAAAAUUGAUAUGAAAGGCUGCAUAAAAGUGUUGAAGGAGCAGGCCCCGGACAGUGUGGAAGGGCUGCUGAAUGCUCUCAGGUUCACUACAAAGCACUUGAACGACGAAUCGACUUCCAAACAGAUUCGGGCAAUGCUUCAGUAGAGCCCUGCUUACAGAGGAGGAUCUGUGUGCUGACCUCAGAAGAUGUAUAUGUUUACAUAAUUUAAUACAGAUUGAUGUUAAUACUUGUGUAUUUACAUAACCACUUCCUUCUUGUCUCUGAAAUAUAUGGACCUUAAUUUGUAUCCUGACUGACUCAACCCAGCAGAGCAUAAAUUGACUCGAGAGCCUUACCUUUGAUGUCCGCAAUGAAAAUCUUGUCUCCAGGGACCGAAUUUGGAAACUUCAGUCUUGGCUGCUGGAGUCUUGCAGUGAUACCUGUAAUAAGCAGAAAUUCUUAAUAGUUUGUGGCAUUGUUUUAAUUCUAGAUGUGUUAUCUCUCUGGGAGUAUAGUUUAUAGAAACACAAAGUACUUGAUUUCCUGUGUCGGCUCAGAUACAAGAAGCACACACAACUGUUGCCCUGACAGAGAAAGAGCAAGAGAGAAGAAUGCAAGAUAAGAAAAAUGCAUGUGGAGGGCGGGGCACAACUGUUGUGAGUUCAGCACGCCCCCCUCUUCCUUCAGCCUGCAAACCUCACGUGCAUCUUUUCUGUAUGCACGUGUGUUAUUAAUCCAAACAUUCUCCUUCUGUCUCAAUCCAUGUUCCUUCCAUUCCCUUUUAGUUGUUGUCAGAGGAAAAUUGCCUGUGUUUUAAUCCACUAAUGAGGAGGCAAUGGGUCGAGAGAGGGGUUCUUACAGGAGGACUGAGGGAAGUGGCUCUCUGAAGAGCAUUUGAGAGAGGGAGCUGGUGUAAGGAUAAUCAUAUCUCUGUCAAUCCUCUGCCUGCGGUGACAGAGAGAUGGAACUCUGGUUGUAAAUAAGGCCACUCAUUCCCCAGGAGCCUGCUGAGUUCUAUGUACACCACCCCUCGUGAUAAGGAGACCCCUGCUUCUCUGUGAAAAUGGACUGUUCAUGUCAGAACUGAGAACUAAGGCACUUUGUUAUUUCCCAGAGAACGAGGGAUUUAGAGAGAAGAUAUCUAUGUUUCCUGAUUGCCUGGUGUCAGCCUUCGCCACUCUGGGUACUUGGACAGAUUCACUCUUAGCACGCUCACCUUCUUCGUUUAUAAAAUAGUCUUGGGGGCCGGAGACAUGGCUGAGUGGUUAAGAGUACUUGUUGCUGUUGCAGAGGAUCUGUAUUUGAUUCCCAACACCCGCAUGGUGGCUCAUAGCUAUCCAUUACUCCAGUUCCAGGACAUCCAGUACCCUCUUCCAAUCUCCAUGGGUACCAUGCAUACACAUAGUGUGCCCCAAUACAUGCAGGAAAAAAAUUUAUACAUAUAAAAUAAAUGAACUUUUAAAAAAUCUAAAAGAGUUUCUAAGAGUCCUGGAGGGCUAGUAGGAGCCAUGCUACCAACCUUCCUUCAUGCAUAAAUUCCAAGGAGUAUCCUUAUCAUUAUCAAUCUCACCAAUCCUGCAGUCAUUCUGCCUAUAGGUCACAGCUGAGUUAGGGUCAAAUCUUGGAAAUAUACUUUGACAUCUAAUGGAAAGAUGUGGGCACAUAGAUGACUUUUACUUUGGACUAGAUCCCCAGAUGUUUCCUACCUGACUUUCUACUCUUCCCUCUUUCCCAUGUGGCCUAUGGAGAUGUACUGUGGAGUGUAUGGAGCCUUCUAGAGAAAUCUUGAGGCUAACCUGUGAUAUUGCUUGCAUGUCUCUUCUGGAAGGAGAGAGUUUUCCAGACAGCUGAUGAAUAACCCUGGAAUUCAGGUCUAGGAUGAUCGGGGUAUCGUAUGAUUUGGUUUGCAACAUUCCAAGAGAAGAGCUGUGAAAUACCUACACUUCCAGACUAGGGAAGUGGCCAUCCAACAUUCCAUCGAGCCCUCCAAGAAAGGGAAUACUUGGUUUGUUUCAACACAGAAAUGCAAACACAUUGGGGAGAACUCCUUCCCUGGUCUGUAUAUCAGUGUAGUCAGUGGAGAGGGAAGAACCUUGUUCCUUGGUGCUUUACCAGAAGAGUAAAUACAGCCACUUGACUGAUGUGGGUGUUCCCAGCAGAGUAGAACCAUGCUCAACGGCUUCCAUCACCUUCUCAAACCUACAAAUUCCAAGAUCCAGAGGAGGCCAGGAAAUGUGAUCAUGUGGGGUGAGACAUCUCUCCAACACUCAACUUUAGGGUGUUCCAUUUGGCAGUCAUGAGUAUUGCUCAGUUGGGCAAUCGUCGAGCCUACAAGGGCAGUGAGGCACACUGUGAGUGAGCUUGUGUCCAUUUUCCCUUUCCUCAAAAGAGGAGACUGAGAUGUCAGAGAAGAAAGGACUGCCUAAUUUCUCUACAGCUCUUAGACACAGACCUGAAUCAUGAACCUAAGCCACGUUAUUUAUACCAUAGCUGCCUCUCAGCUGGCUACAUAAGAAAACAUUAGAACACAGACACAUACACGCACACACAAUUGAGGAUAUCUGUAACUUUUAGUUAAACUUUCUAUCCAACGGGACCAAAUGUGUAUAUGGGUGCUGUCAGUCUGCUUCAGAUUAGCCAGUCCAUUGUCUCCAAGUUGUGACUCAGCGGGACUUGAAUUUUGAGAAGCCCAGGGUCGGAGUAGUUGCCUCAGGUCACCAAGAGGACAGGCUAAGUGUGUGUCUGUGAUCACUAACAGGGAGUGGAUCUUGAGUCCACUCCAAAGCUGUUGUGGGAGACCAAUUCUCUUAACAGACUGUCCAAUAGGCAUCAGGAAUCCUUGAACAAUUUG